AAUGCAUAUUUCUUUCUGCAAGUUGCAGGGCGAUUAACAAUUGCCGGAACCAUUGUCGCGUGGCAACCGUGAACCCGAUUUACCCGGCAUUAAGGUUUCCUAUGCCUCGGUUCCAGACCUUUUUUAUACCUGUGCUCGUUGUGUUCGCCACUAAGACUUUUACUUUCUCUUUUUUUUAAAUCGGUUUGGCUAUCGAUCAGACUACACCCGCCCGUCUCUCACCUUAGAGGAUAGUUAGACUGUGUGAUAAUUAUCAACAUGGAAGUUUGUCAACGACCCCGUACUACAGAGUCAAUAUACGCACCGACCCCAGAUCUUGAGCCCAUUAUUGAAAGAAUGUCCAAAUCUCGCGAUGGCGAGAGGAUGACCUUUUGGUCUCGAUACGACCCUAUCCGACACGUGCAGGGGAACACAGACCACUGGGCCAAAUACAGACAACAGGUAGCGCAACGCGCUCAACAAAGGGCCAGGGUUGUAAGUUUCUCACAGGGUAGAAUGAUUCCUUAUAAAGAGAAAACUUUUGAUGAAUUGGUUGUAGAUGGUCUACGUGGCUCAAUGCCUGGCGCCUACUCCAGCGGCCGUCCCAAGAGCACUUAUAACAAAUCCCAUUAUAGAAAUGUGUUCUCUGAGCGGGCUAAAGAUGGCUUCCGGUACUGGCUGAUAGAACGCCCUAAGCCUACCAAUUUUGGAAAAUACAGCCUUGGUGCCACACAUUCAGUCAUAGGACUAUGUAAUGCUCCUCGAACUUAACUUAUCAAUUAUUUAUUAUAUAAUAUUUAUUAAUAUUGAAAUAUUUGUUUACUUGUUAACGCACAGCUGUGUGUUUAUUUAUUUGAGUUUUUGUAAGAAAGCGAAUAUUCAAGCAUAUUUAGUUUUCAAAUUGUGGUAAAGUAUAAACAGAAUGCAACUCGUUAAUUAUAGAUGUCUUCGCACAACCUGUCUUAUUGUCUUAGUCGGCGCAUGCGCAAAACAAGCCCUUUUGCGGCAGCUUGUCCUAAAAUUUUUUAAAAGAUCAAACAAAAUAAAUUUGCUAUGACUGCUUUGGAUAAAACAAAACGUCAGUGAUAAUUUUAUCGUUGUAACAAUGAAAUGUUUCUGAGAUAUAUAUGUUGAAAUUUCUUAGAAAAUGACAUUCUUACCACCGCAGUAUUAGUUUGUAUAUAUGUAUUUAUCAGUUUGUUUUUACAUUAGUUUGUAAAUCGUUGUAUUUAGAAAAUGCCUUAAAUGUUAGGUAAAACACUUUUCCAUUUGUACAUGUACAAUAUUCAUGAAAAUAAUGCAAUUUCCUAAUAAAAAGGAAUGUUACCAUA